UCAACUUCCUCCUCCAUGAAAAGGGUUUGCAGCAACCCUCUGAGCUUUGGCGAGGGCUCAAUGUUGGUCAACGCCAUAAUGCGCAGUCAAGUGGUGAUACUAAGCCUUGUGCUGUUUCUGACAGAUGCUGUGAUUCCUUCCACCUCCCAAGUGAAUGGGAUGGUGCAUCAGUCGGUGACCCUGCCCUGCACGUACUCAGUGACGAGGGGAGUGACAAGCAUGUGCUGGGGCCGAGGGGCUUGUCCUAGGUCCUCAUGCACAGAUGCUCUUAUCUGGACCAACGGGUACAGCGUCACCUACCGGCGGCAGUCACGUUACCAGUUGAAGGGACAGCUUGCACAAGGGAACGUGUCUUUGACCAUAGAGGAUGUCACGGAGGCUGACAGUGGCCUGUACUGUUGCCGCGUGGAGAUUCCAGGCUGGUUCAAUGAUCAGAAAAUCACCUUGUCCCUCGAGGUUGGCCCAGCUCCCACAAUGGUCACAACUGUUGCAACAUCAACCAGGGUCUCUACCACCACAACUCCGACAACAACAACAACACAUGCACAGACCAGGAUAUCUGCCACCACUGAGACUCCAACAACAACAGACACACAGACCCACAAAACAGAUUUUCCUACACAAAUGGAGCCCACUUCUUCCAUCAUUCCCACCCAAGAAGUGACUUCUCCUACUCCGACUUCUGCAGCAAGAACCCAACCUACCAAACUGCCGGAAGCCAAGACCCAGACCCCCAGCUCCCCACCGUCUUCCUGUUGCCUAACAGAUGGGAAUGACACCACGACUCAGUCUUCAGAUGGUGGCCUUUGGUAUAAUAAUCAAACUCCGUCACCAGCACAACAGCAGUGGAGGGCCACCAUGAGUGGACUCCUAACUGGAACUCUGAUUUCUUCCUUCCUGUUGCUCACUUUGGCUGCCCUGGUUAUGAAAAGAUAUUUCCACAUGAGAAAGAGGAAGUCUGUAAGUUUGGUGGCAUUCAAAGCCCAUGCCAUUGGAGCCUUGCACAGUGCCACCGAAGGGAAACCCCAGGCAGAAGACAACAUCUACAUCAUCGCGGAUAACCCUUAUGUCCUGGACUAAGGCCCCGCCCUCCUCCAAGGGGUCUCUUGCUCAUCCCUAUAGAAGAUAGCCACCAGGUACCACAGUGUCAACCAGCUAAACGCCGGACCAUCUUCUGCGUGGGUGACACUCCACCUCACUAAUUGCCAUGUGGAUCUCUCAACGUCAUUGUUAAUAGCAUCCUCAGUUUUAUACCAGAACAAACUCAACUCUUUCCAGUCAUUGCAGCUCAUUUUCUGGAACAUGCAGACGUUAGGAAACUGUGCUUCCUUCAGACCCCACCAUUCUCCUGCCCAUCAAGGGACACACUCCUUAAUUAUAUAGGAAAGAAAUUUAUAUCUUGGCCACUAAAACUCAAAAAAAGGGUAGCGGGAGGAAUAGAACUUAAAAGCCAGAAAAAAAUUUAAUUUGAGACACUUUAGAAGCAAUUCAGGAGUCUUCUUUUGUUUUAUAUUCUAAUUGCUGCCUUCCCCAAGGGUUUUACUGCAUGGGGUUGCAGGUGUUUAUUUCCCCCAUGGAGAAAUGGAUGUGUUUUCUGGAACUGCAAUGCAUUGAGUGGUUGAGCCCUGAUUAGGAAGAAUGUUUUAGCGCAGUGAGUUCACUCUGAGCAUUGUAUUAGAUAGCAUGUAUGUGUUCUGGGUCCAGUCUCAUCUGACCUGAACAUUUACUGUGUUCAGACACAAGCGGUCUCUUUUUCUUAAAUCUGAAGCCGUGUGUAAAGCUGUAAGUAAAGCUUUAAAAUGAAAGCCCAGGGCUAGGAAUAGUGGCUUAGUGGUAGAGUGCUUGCUUGCCUAGCAUGCGUGAAGCCCUGGGUC